AUGGCGGAACCGAUCGGCAGCAUCCUGGUGGAUGAAACGGAGAAGCUCGUAGACACAUAUCGCUUCGACAGCGUUUUCAGCGAUGAUCCCAAGAAGUCAAAGUCAAGUCAAAAGAAAGAUGGAAAGCACGGAAUGGCUUUCCACAAAUCGCUAGCUGUGGUUAACGUAGCCGCAGGGUUGGAUGGAUGUGAUGACCAGUUACUACCCGCAAGUUUCAGAGCUUUGGAAGCAGACUUGAAUUUACAUCCUUCCUUAUUAGGGUAUAUCACCCUGGCGCAAACAUUAAUGUUAAGUCUAUUCAGCCCCAUCUGGGGAUUCCUCUCCGAUAAGUAUUCACGAAAGUGGAUGCUCGUGUUUGGUACAGCCCUCUGGGGACUCGCAACGAUAUUGCUAGCCAACAUAAAUGACUUCGCACACAUUAUAUUUUUUAGAGCAAUAAAUGGGUUGGCCUUAGGUAGUAUAGGUCCCAUCUCACAGAGUAUACUUGCAGAUGCAGCGAAGAAUGAAUCGCUUGGGUUAUCAUUCGGAUUGGUGCAGUUGUCUUCCAGUGUUGGCAGAUUAAUCGGAGGGGUGGUAACGACGACAGUGGCGUUAAAAUACUUUGGAGGUAUUAGAGGAUGGAGAUUGUGUUUCAUGAUUGUAGGAGUGUUAAGCAUUUUGCUGAGUAUCAUAGUGGCCCUCUUUGUAGACGACGCUCCAAGACAGGUUCGAAAAAAGAAGAAGAUGGAAUACCUAGAUGGGGACGGCAUAGAUGAAGGAUCCAACAAUGUUAGAAUAGUGACACAAUACACCCAGUCAUACUUGUUAUACCAGAACAUUGUAGAGUUACUUCGAGACAGCUUGUCGAAAAAAAGUAUCAUUAUCAUUUUGUUGGAGGGAUUCACAGGAACUAUUCCUUGGCUAGCUCUAAGUUUCAACACUAUGUUUUUUCAAUAUUGCGGAUUACGUGAUUUACAAGCAGCUAUAAUAACCGGGUUUUUACUUAUCGGUUCUGCAUUAGGUGGAGUUAUAGGUGGCCACUUUGGAGACAUCAUGCAUGACAUAUCAAACAAGCAUGGAAGACCAUUCCUUGGUCAGCUAGCUAUGUUUGGGAGAGUACCUCUUGUCAUUUUAACAUAUAUGGUAAUUCCACAAAGAAAGGAAAGUUUCGAAUUGUUUGCCCUUUCUUGUUUUUUCUUGGGAUUAUCUUCCAUUGCGGGUGUUGCAGUAAACAGGCCAAUUGUAUCGGAUAUCAUUAGGCCAGAUUAUAGAGGCACCGUCUUUUCCCUAACGAUAGCUAUAGAGGGAGUGGGAGCUUCGCUCAUUGGAGCCCCUCUUUUCGGUUAUCUGGCUGAAAAGGUCUUUAAUUACCAGAACAACAAUUUACUGAUUGCAGACAUGCCAGAGGAAUUGCGAAGGAACAAUGCGGAAGCCCUUUCCAAAACGCUGCUCUACUUGACCCUGAUCCCCUGGCUGCUCUCCUUCGUUUUUUAUAGCCUGCUGCAUUUUACCUAUGGUAAGGAGUACAAGAAGAUGAACGAGAUCAUUGAGAACGAGUACAAGUAUGACGACGAGGACGAGGAGACCGUUGCAGAGAAGGCACACAUGUAG